CUCCGCCCCUUCAUUCAUGUUAUGAAAGCUGGCUGUUUGACACACUGACUCCGCUGGCUGCUAGAUCUGAUCCACAAUGCUCCGAGUCACCACCGCCUCCCUGUGCACCUACUGUCAGAGGAUGAGGCUCCUCCUGCCUCCCUCUGCGUCUGUCUCCACGGUGUCGUCUCCCAACAAGCGCAUAGAGAACCAGCAGACCGUGGACUACCUCUACGAGCUGUCCGUGGACAUCCGAAAGGUGCGCAAGUUCAAGCCCUGGGUUCUCUCUGAGACCUCUGCGUACGUGUCUGAGACGGCUGACCUGCUGCGGGACAUGGGCGCGGACUCCACAGUGAUCGCCCGCAUCCUGGAGAGUCACCCUGAAGCAGUCCUGUGCCUUCCUGAGGACGUGGCCGCUCAACGAGACCUUUGGGUGACCGUGUGUCCCAACAAGCGUGAGCUGGUGAGCAUCAUAGAGAAGUUCCCCGCGUCCUUCUUCACCUUGACGCACCACAGCAACCAGCAGGCCAACAUCCUCUACCUCCAGCGGCUCCGCCUCAGCAAGAGGAUCAUCGGGAAGCUGAUGGCCAGCGCCCCGCAGAGCUUCAGCCGGCCCGUAGAGAGGAACCAGGAGGUGAUCCACACUCUGAGGGAGACGUACCUGGACCUGGGCGGGGAUGAGGGGAACCUCCGGCUGUGGUUGCAGAAGCUGCUCAGUCAGAAUCCCUACAUCCUGCUGCGCCCGGCGGAGGCCUGGAGGGACAGUCUGGGCUUCCUGAGGGAGCAGGGGUUCACCACAGAGGAGCUCCUUCACUUGGUCUCCAGUCUCAGAGCGUCCAUCGCCGAGCUGCGGCCGGAGAGCAUGGAGCACGCUCUUGCGUAUGUCGAAGACGCUCUUUCCUGCUCCAAGGUGGAACUCAGAGAGCUCGUGAUCCGCUGCCCGGCUGUGUUGUACUACUCUCUGCCCACUUUAGCCGGGCGCUUCCAGGGACUGAUGGACGCUGGGAUGACCAUGGAGCAGGUGAAGGAGUCUCCAAACGUGCUGGAACUCACCACACAGAUCGUGCUUUACCGGAUCCAGAAGUUGGCGUCGUACGGGUACGACGUUCGCUCCGGCAGCCUGGACGUCAUCGUCGGGACUAAGAAGGACUUUGAGAUGAUUUAUGGGAAGCUGCAGCUCAGGCAGCAGAGACCGAUGUUCAACCCUGUGGCUCCUCUCAGGACUGUAGAGGAGUAACUGUUGAUAUGCUGCUGUUUGACAUGUUUUCUGGGAGUUAGAAUAAAGGACUGUACGCUGAUGUGGGGAAAAAGGUUUGCAGCUUCACCUUCAUGCAAGAAGCAGAAGAGGGGAGGCAGUUUGAGUACUACGAAAUAAGGGAUCUUCAAGCCUUGUGACUCACUUUGAUUCAGUGUGAGGGCUCAAUAUGGAGGGUAGAAGAUCUGAGGAAUGUACUGCACAUGCUCAAAUGAUGCAAAAGUCUGAAACAAACUUGACAAAUAACCGAACAACCAGGCUGCUACCUCUGGAGCUCUCCUGUUCUGAAGUCUGGAUCUUCACCCUGUGUGUGUUUGCAGGGCGUGUGCUUUGACUGCAGCUGUUUUGGCUUCUUGCAGCAUGUUCUUUAUUUGCAGCACAUUUCUGUUGUUGUACUUGUUUGGGACUUCUGCACGUGUUUUUGGAUCUAAAUGGUUCCCGCCCUUGUUGACUCACAGCGCUCGCCAAAAUAUGACUACAACUGUUAUGAAAAAGCUACAGUAUUGUGUUUUAUAUAAAGAUGAAUUACAGAUGGCAUCAGAUUCAGAAUGAACUCCAGGAUACUGGUUCAUAAAAGAGAUGCAGCGAUGAAUGAACAUACCAGUUGUUCUUUUGAUUGCAUAAUGAGUGUUUUUAAAGACGCAGGAAGUCAAAUAUGUCCGACUCAAGUGUCUUCAAUCUGAGAUGUUCCAGUUUUCUUUACUCACUGAGGUCAGUGAACUAAACGUCUUUGGGUUGUUGACAAAGCAACACAUACGGAUCAACAUGUUCAUCAUUCUCUGACACUGCAAGGGCUUCAGAAGGGAAUUUGGUAAUCAACAGAUUUCAUGACAGUUUCUCAAAAGCAUCAGUUUACAUUUACACAAAUAAGACAUUUGCACAUAUAAUUCUAAUAAUAGUAAAGUUUAUUUAUAUAGCACUUAUCAAAACAAAGUGCUUUACAUCAUAAAACCCACAAUAACAAACAAAGCAUGAGGGGGACAUGUAGAGCUAGCAGGACAAUUUAAGAGGAACAGCUGAAUAAAAGAGAAACUACUAAAAGCAAUCAAAACAUUUAAAAUCUGU